GUCGUUCCCAGCCCACGACUUCCAUCUCCUGUUCAGUCUCGUCUCUCACAAUCUCAUUGUCUCUCUCCAUCGCCUCUCCAUCUCUCCCCCCAUCGUCUCUUGCCUCUCGGACUCAGUCUCUCAGCAUCUCUCCAUCAUCCAAAAUCACAAGAUUGCUCUAGCGUAUCCAACGGAUGAAACCGCUUUAAGGCAUCAGGCCAUUAAACCCUAAGAAAGGCUGAAACACGGAAAGCUGAGGAACGAGAAUCGUGCGAAGAAAAAGGCUUAAACCCCAAACUCUAGCAGCUUUGGAAUCGAGCAAAGACAAUGGGGAGAAAGCAGAAGAUAGUACUUCCACCUGAGCUGCCGCCGGAGAUUUCUGAGGACGAGGUUGAAGUAUCCGACGAGGACUUGCAGUUCGUCAACGAGAAUCUGGACUACGCUGGCUUCGUCUCCAAUCUGGACACUCAUUCCAUUACCAGGCAUGUUAGUCGUGUUGCUGAUGUAAAAGAAGAUGCUUUGGAGGCUCUAUAUGAAAGGAGAUCAAGGAAGAAUUCAUUCGAGAAGGAAAAGGAGGAAAAAGGGCUUGAAGUUGAUCGUGUGGAUGCCCUUCCGGUGAAGACAUUGGAUGGAAAACUUUACUACAAAACAAUGCCAAAGACGUCACAAAAGUCUGAAAAUGCAACAAAUGGAGAGGACAUCGGUGACAAUGAAGCUGAUGGUGUGGACAAAAGUUUCUUCAAGUUGACGAAAGCUGAAAAGCGGGCAAAGCUAAAAAGAACGAAAAAAGAGGAAAAGCAGCAGGCCAAGGAGGUUGCUAAAGUGGAGGAAGUGCAACAAACCCCUCAAGCUGAAGUGCUGGCUGAGGUGGAAAAGGAGCUAACAGCUGAAGAAGCCAAUAAAAGAAAGAAGUAUAAACUUGCAGAACUUGGAACAGCACUGCUCAUGGAUCCAGAAUCCAACGUUAAAUCUCUUAAAGAGAUGCUGCAAAUCUCAAAAGAUGAAGACCAUUCUGUAGCAGUCCUUGGGCUAAAGUCUUUGCUGGCUGUUUUCAAAGACAUUAUUCCUGGCUAUCGUGUUCGGCUGCCAACUGAGAAGGAGCAGGAAAUGGUUGUUUCAAAGGCUGUUAAGAAAAUGCGGUUCUAUGAGUCCACCCUUCUAUCUGCAUACAAGGCAUACUUGCAGAGGUUGAUAGCCUUAAAACAGAAGGCCUCAUUUCAGCGUGUAGCUAUUCGUUGUAUCUGUACUCUGCUAGAUGCAGUUCCCCAUUUCAACUAUCGCGAGAGCUUGUUAGCUGCUGUCAUUCACAACAUAAGCUCCCCAGAUGAUGUUGUAAGGAAACUCUGUUGUGCCACUGUAAAGUCACUUUUCACCAAUGAGGGAAAGCAUGGUGGUGAGGCUACAGUGGAGGCUGUGCAAUUGAUUGCAGAGUAUGUGAAAGCUCAUGAUUGCCAGUUACAUCCUGAUUCCAUUGAGGUUUUAAUGUCUUUGUCUUUUGAUGAGGAUCUUGGGAGGACUGAAAUGUCGAGUGCAAAUAAUAAGGUACAAAAAAAGAAGAACAAAAAGGGAAAGAAAUUUGAGGAGCCUAGUCAAUUGCAAGAGAAUGACAAAAAGAAAAGUCGAAAGGAACUAAUGUCACAAACAAGAAAUGAGGUUGAUGCUGACUUUAAGGCUGCUACAUUUGCCCAAGAUGUUAGGGAGCGGAAAAGUAUGCAGUCUGAGACACUUUCUGCUAUAUUUCAGACAUUCUUUCGUAUCUUGAAGCACACUAUGCAUACAAUCGCAGCCAGAUCUGAAGGGAUUUCAAAUUCAUCAGCUGGUGCUUCUGGGGGUCACCCACUGCUUGCUCCUUGUUUAAACGGAAUUGGAAAAUUCUCUCAUCUAAUUGACUUAGAUUUUAUGGGGGAUCUCAUAAACCAUUUGAGAAAGCUUGCUGGGGGAGGCAGCAACUCAGAUGGUUCUCCAGAGAAGUUUUCGAGACAGUUGUCUGUAACUGAACGACUGCGCUGUUGCAUUGUGGCCUUUAAAGUGAUGAAGAACAAUCUUGAUGCCUUAAAUGUUGAUUUACAGGACUUCUUUGUUCAGCUUUACAGUAUUAUGCUUGAGUACAGGCCAGGAAGGGAUCAUGGUGAAGUGUUAGCGGAGGCUCUGAAGAUAAUGUUGUGUGAUGAUAGACAACAUGACAUGCAACGGGCUGCUGCAUUUAUAAAGCGAUUGGCUACAUUUGCUUUAUGCUUUGGAUGUGCCGAGUCCAUGGCUGCAUUGGUGACUGUAAAGCAUCUUCUUCAAAAAAAUGUCAAGUGCCGGAAUCUGUUAGAAAAUGAUGCUGGAGGUGGUUCGGUUUCAGGCCCCAUUGCGAAGUAUCAGCCUUAUGCCUCUGACCCAAACCUUAGUGGUGCCCUUGCUUCAGUUCUUUGGGAACUCAACCUUCUCUCUAAGCAUUACCAUCCAGAUGUUUCGACACUAGCGUCUAGCAUUUCAACCAUAAGCUCUGCUCAGAACCAGGUUUACCACUCCAAUGUGACCCCUCAACAAGCUUUCAUGCAGUCAUCGCUUGAACAGGAGUUGUUCAACCCGAAGACUGACAAAGAGAAAGCUAAUCUCAAAAGGAAAAGAGGAAGUGGGUCUUCCAUGCCUAACGGUAGCUUGACAAAUAAUGAUGUAUCAAGCACGAUUGAUGAAGAUAUGGUGAAGAAGAAACUUUCUGAGCAUUUCUUGCUUGUUCAUGAAAUAAGUGAAACGAUGCGUUUGAGGAGGGAGCUAGAUCAUGUAACCUCGUCCCUGAAAUUAUACGAACAGUAUAAGAAGCAAAAGGAAACAAAGAAAGAUGGCUCGAAACCAAGGAAAAUGAGAAGAUCUUAGCCUUCAUUUGAUUCUUCUGUUUCCAGUGAAAUUUUGGAUGUGUCUUGAGUUAUUGAGGUUCUUUUGAAUGUUGUGGUUGAUUCAUAGUAUUGUUUUCUAUUUCC